AUGAAGAUGGAUGAUCCACGGAGAUUUCCGGAAAAGGAAGAUGCACAACUAGAUGCGGACGACAGGAGAUCACAGAUUAUUGAAGUCUCGCCUGUCGCCGAAACCCGAUGGCAGUACCUGUAUCGAUAUUUCACCACGAGAGAGGGAUGGAUCGGGGACUAUGACUAUGUUUACCUCGUGACGCCAAAUAUCUGGCCCUUGAACAAGAAGUACAAAGACUAUGAAGCCCCAUUCUAUGGGUUAAACGACGAAGUCCCAAUUCUCCUCACGAUAAUUUUGGGUCUUCAGCAUGCCUUGACAAUGAUCGGAUCGGUGGUAUCACCCCCUCUAGCUCUUGCAAGCGGUGCUUUUUACCUCUCUGUAGAACAGAGCCAGUACCUCGUCUCAGCAGCGUUCAUCACAACCGGAAUCGCAACAGCCAUGCAGGUGACGCGGGUCCAUCUGACAAAAACACCCUUCUACAUUGGCACUGGUCUUCUAUCCGUUGUCGGCCCGACCUUUGACAUCCUGGCCAUUGCAUUUAGUUACGCGGAAAUGCGUUAUGCGAAUGGAACGUGUCCCGCCUCUCCUGAUGGAUCAAGACUUCCCUGUCCGGAUGCCUGGGGUGCCAUGCUUGGUACAAUCCUUUGCACUGUCUGGAUUCAGGUCUUGCUGUCUUUUGUUCCGCCCAAGACGCUUAAUAGGAUCUUCCCGAAGAUAGUGACUGGUACACUUCUUCUCCUCGUUGGGGUGUACUUGAUUUCUAGUGGAAUGGAAAAUUGGGGUGGAAGCUCGAACUGCAAUGGCGGCAAGGGGUUUUAUGCUCUGUGCCCUGAUACUGCCGCGCCAAAUCCACUGCCAUGGGGGCACCCGAAACUCAUCGGCCUCGGAUUCAGCGUCUUCGGAACGAUUAUCAUCGUCGAGCUUUUCGGAUCUCCCCUUAUGCGCUCUGCAUCUGUUGUCUUUGGACUAGCAGUUGGAUGUGCGAUAUCUGGCGCAACGGGAUAUUGGUCACGCACUAAUAUCGAUGCCGCCCCUGUCGCGACAUUCCUCUGGGUUCACACGUUUAAACUUUCAGUCGAUGGAGCAUUAGCCUUGCCUCUCCUCAUCCUAUUCAUUUGCGAAGCUGUCAGUUGCAUGCCGGAUAUCUUGGCCACCGCCGAGAUAUCAGGCGUUGAGAUUGAUGGCGUCGUGUUCAAUAGCCGUAUUCAAGGUGGUAUCCUCUGUGACGGUAUUGGUAGCUUGAUCAGUGCGUUGGGGACGGGCUUGCCGAUGGUCAGCCAGGCUGGAAAUAACGGUGUUAUCUCUUUGACUGGAUGUGCUAGCCGACGAGCUGGGUGGUGCGCGUCAGUAUUCCUAAUUCUCAUGGGAAUAUUCGGUAAAUUCGGUGCCGUCUUUGGCUCUAUGCCUCCAUCCGUCCUGGGUGGAAUGCAGGUUUUCCUCUACAGCACGAUCGUUGUUGCAGGUAUCAAAGUGCUUAGUCUGGUUGAGUUUACGAGGCGCAAUCGUUUCAUUCUUACGACUGCACUUGGUAUUGGCUUUAUCGAUAUCGUGUCGCCCAGCUGGUUUUCCCAGAUAUUGGAUUAUAGCGGCUCGAAUGUGCGAUUGCAGGGCUUUGAGCAGGGUAUCAAUUUGAUGGUGGAGACUCCGUUCAUCAUUGCUGCUGUUGUUGGGGUCUUUAUGAAUUUGGUUCUUCCUUAUGAUGGGAAUAAGAAGAUUGAUGGGCGUGAGGGAAGACCAACUCUUCCUACCUAG